AUGGUGAUCACCACGACAAAGGAAGGGGAAGCCACGGAAGUCAUGAUGGCGGACGCGGCAACAUGGGGGGCAGUAACGACGAGUAAAUCCGAUAACGGAGUAGACAAACGUCAUCAUUGUCCUUGUGGUUUGGUAAAGGAACUACCAGUGGCAAAAAAAACACUUGAUGAUAUUGAUUUAAAAAAUCAAACAGUUCUAAUGCGAGUUGAUUUUAAUGUCCCGAUUGAAAGCGGGCGAAUCAUGUCCGAUAAGCGAAUCACCGCUGCACUACCUUCAAUUGAAAAAGUUAUUCACAGUGGUGGGAAACUGGUGUUAUUCUCGCACUUGAGCCGCGUUAAAACCGAAAAAGACAAAGAAAGACACAGUUUGAAGGUUGUUGCAGAAGAUCUCAGUAAAAAACUCGGUAAAGAAGUGGCCUUCAUUGACAAAACCCGUGGAUCUAAAUUAGAAAGUGCAAUUAAAAAUUCAAAGUCCGGUCAAGUUUUAAUGGUAGAAAAUACUCGCUUUGAAGAUCUCAAUAACCGCGCUGAAAGUUCAAAUUCGCCAGAAUUAGGCAAAUAUUGAGCUUCUUUGGGCGAUGUUUUUGUUAACGAUGCUUUCGGCACCGCUCACCGCGCCCACGCUUCAAACGUAGGCAUUGCCCAACACAUUCCGGUGUCAGCCCUUGGCUAUCUUGUUGAGAAAGAAUUAAAAAUGCUCGGACAAGGUCUUGACUAUCCCGAGCAUCCCUUUGUAGCUAUUGUCGGCGGAGCCAAAGUUUCAGACAAAAUCAAAGCCGUUGAAAACUUACUCCAAAAAGCUGACAAGGUGAUCAUUACCGGCGGCAUGGCUAGCACCUUUAACAAAGCACUUGGUCACAAAAUAGGCGAUUCUCUAGUAGAAAACGACUACGUAGAUUUAGCGCGCCGUCUACUUGACAAAUACCGGGAUAAAAUCGUUUUGUCAAUUGAUUUUGCGAUUGCCCCUAAAUUUACCAAUGCGCCGCGCAAAGAAACCGAAGGUGUUGACAUUCCCGACCAUUGGAUGUCGCUUGAUAUCGGACGUAAGUCAAUAGAGCUGUUCGAAAAAACUUUGCAAGGAGCUAAGACAGUUGUCUGA